UCGCACCGGGCGUGUAAGUAAACUGCGAUGCUGUCUCGGGUUCGCCGGCCAGUAUGCCGCCGCCGGUGCCGGGCUCACACUGCCUCGCGCCCUAGUGCCUCCGAGCCAGCCUCGUGCACCCUCGCCGUCUCCCCGCGGCCCCCGGCCCGCGCCCCUCGGGUCCCGCGGCUGAUCCGCGCGGGAUGUGACCUCUUGCAGCUGCCUGGCCUCCUCUGCCGCUCGAGGGGCCCCGCCUUUACUUGCGUUUGGGGGUUGGGGGCGGGGAGCGGCACGCGGAUCCUGGCAUUGGAGUUCCCGGGCUUGCAGCGGCCGCUGCAGCCUCAUCCACGCACCCCGAGCGCCCCUUCUUCCCAGAGCAGCGGCGGAGAAGGCGAAGCGACCGGCGGGGCCGAGGCAGACGGGGCUCAAGGCGCGCAGGGCGGCGGGGACAACGGGGGCGGCGGCGGGGCCGAGAAUCCGGCCGGAGGCGACACGGUGGCGGCCGGCGACAAGGAGCGGAAAGUGGGGUUGGCGCCCGGCAACGUAGAGCAAGUCACCUUGGCGCUCAGGGCUAGAGCUUUCAAAGUCGCAACCCUAACUGCUGGAGGGCGGCGGCCCCGACGACUGGCUGCGGAAGACCCCGCAGGGCAUCCAGCUCCUGGCAGACUCCUCCCCACCCCGCCCAGCAGCCCUGUCAAGAGGAACAUCGCCAAGUACCGGAGUAUCCAAACUUUGAUCUACGACGCCCUAGAGAGACCGCGGGGCUGGACGCUGCUGUACGACGCGCUCGUACUCUUGGAGCUACCUAAGCAGCAGAACUGGGAUUCUCGCAGGAGUGUUCCACCUGUGUCCUAGUGCUCUUUUCACCAUGUCACUGUUGUCCCCAGUGACUGACGAUGUGGAAAAAGAGCAUGAUACCAAAUUAGCUUCUUUCAAAGAACAAUACGCUGGGGUGCUUCCCAAGGGAGGUAUGAUACAUGGUCUGAACAAAGCGGUUCUGGGAUUCGUUCUUCACCCCUGUAAGAGCAAGAUAGAGAUGCAAAAAUGGAUGAUGCCAGUGAGGGUCCCUGGAUAAGAUACUUUUGCCCUCGAACCUGAGCAACAAGACACCCUUUCAGCUGGAUGGCCUGUCUGACACUGUGCAGAAUGUCGCCGGCAUUAAGUACUUGAACCUCUCCAACAGUGAGAGGUGAUGUCUUCAGAGGAGCUGGACAAGGGCAAAAGUCUGCAGCCAGAAGAGAUGAGUGCCGACAGAAGCCCCCUGUGCACUGCCUUCCCUGAUAAACCAACCAACAUAAAGUCAGUUGUACACUGUGUCACCCCAUGGGACUCUAAACUAUGCCUGACGGUACCUAUUUGGAGGAGCCAGCAACUCUGUUCCUUUGCAGGAGACCAGAAUCCCUAUGCUCUCCUCUUUGUGUUUUGUCCCUCACCUGUGCUGAAACAUCUCCUAUUUGGAUUAAGAGGCUAGAGUAUAGCUUCUGAGCCCUGGCUCAGGCCAACAGACAGAGGGGGAGGUUCACUGAGACUUACUUUUCUUGGCAAGAAGGGCCGGAAGUGGAGCUGAAGCUGCCUAAUGUGCCUCAAGUUAAGAUGGCUCUUGGAUCUGUAAUAGGAUGAAGAGGUGGGAGAAUUUCUGGGUCCAUUUAUGGGGAUCUGAAUAGAACAGGGUAAAAAGGGAGCUGUGGGGUGGAGAAAAACAGUGGAAGAAGAAAAAUAUGGGUUAGGGGGAAAUGCCUUCUACAUGAUGCUAGGUCCAAUACUCCUCUAUAGAAUGCAAAACAUUAUUCUCUUAUACCUGUGAGUAUAAUUUUCAACUCUGGAUAUACAGAAAAAUCCCCUCCAAUGUCCAGACUCAAGAAAUUGAAUCAGAAAAAAAAAAGAAAGAAAUUUCAUCAGAAUAUCUAGGGGUAGAUCCAGUCAUCAGUGUUUUUAAGGCUCCCCAACUGAUUCUCAUGAGCUGUCAAAAUCAAAAGCCUUAUCUAAUAGUAUAUUAGUUUUCUAAGGCAAAGUCAUCACAGACUGAGUGGCUUAAGCAAUAGAAAUUUAUUUCUCACAGUUCUGAAAACUAGAAAGCCAAGGUCCAAGUACUUAUAGCAUUAGUUUCUUCUGAGGCCUCUCUUCUUGCCUUGCAAGUGGUCACCCUCUUGCUCCUUUUUCACAUGGUCAUCCUUCUGUGCACACACACUCUUGUUAUCUCUCCAUAUUUCCUAAACUCCUCUCAUAGGUAGAUAAUCUAAUCAGACUGGCUUAUGGCCUAUCCUGAUGGUUUCUUUUUAACUUAAUUACCUCUUUAAAGGCCCUAUCUUCAAAUCCAGUCAUAUGCUGAGGUACAGAGAGUUAAAGCUUCAACAUAUGAAUUUGGGUGGGACGCAGUUCAGUUGGUACAGAUGGUAUAAGUAAUAUCUUGGUCUGAGAAGUUCAGGUGCCUUUUAGCAGCCUUCCUGUGACUACCACACAACACUUUUACAAUCACUUUGUUGGGCAGAAGUUGGUCAUGUGGCCACACAUAGCUGCAAAGGAGACCACCAGUGUGGUCUUUUACU